AUGGCAGAGGGGGAUAUUCAACCCCUCCGAAUCGGAACCCGCGGAUCUCCCUUGGCACUGGCACAGGCUUACGAAACCCGAAAACGGCUGAUCGAGAAUUUUCCGGAUCUGGAAGCCGAAGGAGCUAUCGAAAUUUGUGUUCUCAAGACACAGGGAGACAUGAUCCUGGACAAGUCUUUGAUGGAGCUCGGAGGUAAAGGACUUUUCACCAAAGAGUUAGACACAGCUCUACUUUCUGAUGAAGUUGAUAUCUGUGUGCACUCGAUGAAGGACGUACCGACAUGGCUUCCCGACGGCACCGUUCUGCCCUGCAACCUUCCUCGCGAGGACACGAACGACGCUUUCAUUUACAAAGAUGAUAGCGUCAAGCGCAUUGAAGACAUCCCGGACGGAUCGGUUAUAGGUACUGCCUCGCUUCGCCGACAGGCUCAGCUCAUGGCCAAGAACCCCACACUAAAAUGUGUCAAUUUCCGUGGCAAUGUUCAAACUCGUCUACGAAAACUUGACGACGGCGUCGUUGACGCUACGCUUUUGGCCAUUGCCGGAUUAAAGCGCAUGGACAUGGAUGGUUGCGCAACUUCUAUUUUGGAAUGGGACGAGAUGCUUCCCGCCGUCGCUCAGGGUGCCAUUGGUAUUCAAUGCAGGGACGACGACGAACGAUCUCUCAAGUAUCUCGCUGCUCUUAAUCAUCCCGAAACCAAGGCUUGUGUGGACUGUGAACGCGGAUUUUUGGAAGCUUUGGAUGGAAAUUGUAAAACACCGAUUGCCGGGCAAGCUCGCAUCGUCGAUGGCAAGAUCAUGUUCCGCGGAUUAAUUGCAAUGCCCGACGGUUCUAAGAAGUUUGAGUGCGAGUCUGAAGGUGCCAUUGAGGAAGCAGCCAAGAUUGGCCGAGAAGCUGGUGAAGGGCUCAAGAAGGAAGCCGGUGAGGAAUUCUUCCAGCGUAUGGUGGAGACUUCUGGACAGCAGGUUCUUGGACAAAUCACAAAGUAG